UAGAGAGCUGGUCUUGCCGGCAUCGUUGAGAGAUAUUUUAUAUUUGAUUGUAUAUAUAUUUAUAAUGAAAAAGGCCAGUAAAAUUGAGUAAAAAUUUUGUAGCCAAGUUGUGCAAGUUGUCUCAUGUUAGUGCAUGAUUUAUUUUCCUCGUGCUGAAUUUAAUAAAUCAUUAUCUACCUUUAAAUAUAUAUUUUUUUUUUACAAUAGCCAAGUGUGAGAUAAACAAUUUGUUUAUAUUUAUUGUAAUAUACAUUGUAAAAUUUAAUUAAUUUUAUAGUUAUAAAUAAUAAAAAUGGCAACAGCCGAGUCAUUGUCUGAAGUGACUGAUGUUGUUCAAAUAUUAAAACAAUGGGAAGAAGAACAUGGUAUAACAACAUAUGAUCCAAUUCCAACACUGGAAAGACUUGCUGAAAUAAUUGAAUUGGAAAAAGAAAAUUAUUAUAAAAUGGAUCCAGAUCCAUUUGAUGAAAGGCAUCCAUCACGUGCAUAUCCUGAUUGUAAUUUUGGUCAUAUAUUAAAAGUUCUAUUUCGUAAAGAUAGUUUUAUAACAAAGUUGAUCAACGAUUAUCUUCGAGAUACAUUUUACAGAGGAAGUGGAAUUGAUCGUGAUGUACGUUUAUUAAAUAUUGCAGCAUGUCGUCUUGUGUUGGAUAUAUUACCUGGACUUGAAACAUCAGCCGUAUUUCAACCAGAUAUGGAAAGUUUAAUAUUACGUUUAUAUAGUUGGGCUGAAAAUUCCCAUGAACCAUUACAAAGUUAUGCAACUGGUUUGUUAGCAGCAGCAAUGGAAGUACAAGAUAUUGCAACAAGUUUUCGUGAACAAAAUGCACAUUUAAUACCACUUAUGUUACAAAGAUUACAUGUAUUACAAUCAACUGCUGAAGAAGAACGUCAAUGUUCAAUAAAUCCACGUCCAUUUGCUCAUGUUGGAUCAAAUCGUAAUGGUACAUGUUCAUCACAAAUUCAUCAUGAUACAAAUGAACAUAAAUUAUCAACACCAAUAAAACGUAAAAUAUCAGAUGUUAAAAUUGAUAAUAAUGUUAAAAAACAUCCAAAUGAAUUAUUUCCAAUUGAUGAUACAGAUGGUGGUGGUGGUAGUAAUGGUGCUAGUGUAAAUAUUAUUGAUAAUCAUGAUGAUAAUGCUGUUAAUAAUAUUGAUGAUACACCACCAAGUAAAAAAACUAAAAAAACAAAUGAUAAUAAUGUUAAAAAUAAUACAGAAUCAUCAGACAUGAUGUCACCACCAUUAUCAAUACCAAAAAUACAAAAUAGUAAUAAUCACAAUAGUAACAAUAAUAAUUUAUUAAAUAAUCAUCAUGAUAAUAAUACACCAACAAAAAAUACACGUUCAACACCACCAAGGCAAACACCAACACCAACAAAGCCAACAAUUGUAAAUCGACAAUUACAAAGAUCAUCAACACCGUCAAUGUUACUUGAAGGUAAUUCAAAUUCUUCAUGGGCUGAAUUAGAAACUUAUGUUAUUGGUAGUGUACAAAUAUAUCCACCAACAUUAGCAACACGACAAAUGUUAAUAUUACGUUAUUUAGCACCAAUGGGUGAAUAUCAAGAAUUUCUUGGUCCAGUUUUUGAGCAUAAUGCAUUAGAAUUAAUAUUAAAAUAUAUAAAUGUUAGAAAAACAAAAGAUAGUAGGCUAGCAUUUGAAGCAUUAAAAUAUUUAGCAUCAUUACUUGUACAUAAAAAAUUUUCACUUGAAUUUUUAAAUAUGUCAGGUUUACAAAAAUUAUUAGAUGUACCAAGACCAAGUGUUGCUGCAACUGGUGUUAGUAUAUGUCUUUAUUAUUUAACAUAUUGUGAAGAUGCUAUGGAACGUGUUUGUUUAUUACCAGAACAAAUUGUCAAAGAAUUAGUGACAUAUGUAUUAUGGUUAUUAGAAACAAGUCAUGAUUCUGGUAGAUGUCAUGGUACAAUGUUUUUUGGUUUUUCAUUUCCAUUUAAAGUUAUACUUGAUGAAUUUGAUUCACAAGGUGGUUUACGUAUAUUAUUAAAUGUCAUAUCAACAUUAAAAAUAUUAAAUUUUGAAGAACAAGAUAUACAAUCAAUAAAUGAUGAUGAAGACAAUGCUGCACGUCAAAUUGUUCGUCAUGUUGUAACAGCAUUAAAAAGAUAUAUGGAAGCACAUUUAUACUGGAAAUCAGAACAGCUACAACGUCUUGAAAAUGCACGUAAUGAUCAGGAUAAUCGUCAUCAAUAUUUAAUACCACCAUAUAAACCAUGUAAGCUACGUAGUGAUGAAGUACAAAGUAAAGUUGAAUUAUUACAAGAAUUAAUGAAUGUCAGAACACCAUGGCAACCAGUACAACAAUUAUAUAAUUUACAAGGUAUCAAUUUAUUGUUACGUAUAAUAGCAAUAUCACGUGAAUGGAAUUUUAGUGGACGUGCAACAUUUAGUGCUGAAACAGUUAAAUGUUGUUUUGAUGUUAUUGCAAUAUGUUCAGUUGUACCAAAAGUAUUAUUGUGUGAUCGUAUUGAUAUACCAGAUAUGUCAAUGACAAUUGCUAUUAAUUUAUUACUUGCUGCUGCUGAAGGUGAAAUAAUACAAGAUCCAGAUGUACAAAGAGCAGCUCUACGUGCAUUAAUCAACUGUGUAUGUUCACCAAUAAAUCGUGUUGGUGGUAAUGUCGGUAGAUAUUCAAUAAGUGGUUCAGCUAAAAAAAAAACAAUUCAUAAUAGUGAAGAAUUAAUACAAAAAAUAUGGGAAAGUGUUAGAUCAAAUAAUGGUAUUAUGAUGUUACUUGGUUUAAUGUCAGUCAAAGUACCAAUAACAGAUGCUGAUAGUAUACGUGCACUUGCAUGUCGUGCAUUAGCUGGUUUAGCUAGAAGUGAAAAAGUACGUCAAAUAAUAUCAAAAUUACCAAUGUUUACUACUGGACAUAUACAAUCAUUAAUGAAAGAUCCAAUAUUACAAGAAAAACGACAAGAACAUGUUACAUUUCAAAAAUAUGCACUUGAAUUAAUGGAACGUGUUUCUGGUAAAGCUAAACCAUCUGGUGCUGAAUAUGAAAUGACACUUGCAUCACUACAUCGUGCAAAUGUUGUUGCACAAACACGUAUACAAUAUAAUGAUCAUGAUUUAAAUUUAUUAAUACAUCAACAUUUAGUGUCAAAAGGUUUAAUUGAUACAGCAAUGACAUUACAAAAAGAAGCAUGUCUUGAAUCAACACUUGUACCACAAAAACUAUUACCGUAUCAGCCAAUUCCAUAUAAAAGUUUAGUGCCAAAUAUUAGAGCUAAUUCAUCACAAGUGUCAUCAUCAUUAUCAUCAUCACAUUAUAAUACACCAAAAGUAUCACGUGGUGAUUGUUCAGCAUCAUCAUCAUCACGUACAAAUUUAUUGCAGUCUCCUUUAUCAACACCAUCAAGAUAUAUUAAUAAUACAACAACAGCAGCAACAGCAGCAUCAGUAGCAGCAGUAGGAGGAAUAACAGCAGCAGCAGGAACAACAUCAACACCCAUGAGAAUUAGUAAAUUAUCAGAUAGUUGUUGUCAAACACCACCACCACUUGCACCACAAGCAUCAACAUCAAUUAUAAAUAAUAAUAAUACAUCAUUAUUAUCGUCAUCAUCAUCAUCAAUUAAAUUACAAACAACAAAUCCUAAAAAAAUUAUAAUUAAUGAAAAAAAAUCAACAACAACAACAACAACAACACCAUUAUCAAAUAUUGAUAAUAAUAAUAGUACAUUAAAUUCGUUGAUAUCAUCAACACCAACAAGUAGAUUAGAAAAACCAACAGCACGUGAAAUAGCAGCUAUUAAUGGUGUUGUUGGUGGUGGUGGUGGUGGUGGUUGUGUUAGUAGUAAUUUAACAACAUUAUCAUCAACAAAUUACAACACAACAAUAUCAUUAAAUUCAAUAAUUAAAGAAUAUUUAACAAAUCAACAUGCAUUAUGUAAAAAUCCAAUGGUAACAUGUCCACAAUUUAAUUUACUUGAACCACAUAAAUGUCCAGAUCCAAGAACUAAAAAUUCAACACCAAUUAAUAUGACUGUUAGACUUGGUAGACGACAAUUUGGUAUGGAUAGUAGAAGAUUAGAUAGAAAACAUAUUUAUAGUCGUUUUUGUCCAGUUAAAACAUUUAAACCAACUGAAGCUGAAGGAGGUUUUACAUAUUGUAUAUUUACACCUUGUCAACAAUUUUUAAUGCUUGGUACACAACCAGGUGAUGUUAAAAUGUUUAAUAUACAUUCUGGUGUUGAAGAAGUAACAUAUCAAUGUCAUGAAUCAUAUAUUAAAUAUAUGGAAAUGAAUCAAACUGGUGAAUUAUUAUUAACAAAUACUGAAUGGCGUGCACCAUUAUCAGCAUUAUGGUCAUGUGGUUCAUUUUUUGAAAUGAGAGUAUCAUUUGAAAAUGAAAGUCAUGUUGAAUUUAGUAAACAUCAAGAUAAAAUUAUUGGUACACAACAAGAUAAAUCAACAAUAUAUGAUGUUACAACUGGUGCCUUAAUUAAAGAAUUAAUACCAUCAAUAUCAAAUCAAUAUAUUGAAAAUAGAGCAACAUUUAGUAUGAAUGAUGAGCUUGUAUUGAGUGAUGGUAUAUUAUGGGAUGUUAAUUCUGGCAAAGAAAUACAUAAAUUUGAUAAAUUAAAUCAAACAUUAAAUGGUGUUUUUCAUCCAAAUGGUAUUGAAGUUGUAUCAAAUACUGAAGUAUGGGAUUUACGUACAUUUCAUUUACUAAACACAGUACCAACAUUAGAAAAAAUGAAUGUAUUAUUUUCACCAAUAAAUAAUAUACUCUAUGCAAUAUCAUGUGAUGAAGAUGGUGAUGAUGAAACAUCAUAUUUAACAUCAUUUAAAACAUUAGAUGCCAAUGAUUACAGUAGCAUUGCAACGUAUGACGUUAAAAGAGUUAUUCCAUCAUUGGCUAUUAAUAAAUUUGAUACACAAAUUGCCAUUGUUGAAAAUUAUGGUACACAUGAUGGUCCAGUGGAUUCACAUGUUAGAAUAUAUGAUGUUGGAAGAAAACGUGAUGAUGAUGAUGAAGAAGUUGAUGAAGAUGAUGAGGAUGAUUUAGAUGCUAGUGAUGAUGAUGGAUCAAACUCUGGAUCAGAUGAUAAUAUUGUUGAAGAUGAAGAUAAUAUGAAUUUAGGUGGUGGAGUUGAGGUCAUAGAUUUUGAUGUUACAGAUCAAGAUGGGUUAGAUAAUGCUGAAGGUGAUGAUGAUGAUGAUGAAGAUGAAGAUAAUGAUGAUGAUGACGACGACGACGAUGAUGAUGAUGAUGAUGAUGAUAUGGAUGAGUGGGAUAGUGGAUCUGAUUUAAGUAAUUUUAUGCAAGUAUUCGGUUCAGAAAAUAAUGAUGAAGAUGAUACUGAUGAUUAUGAUGAUGAUGAUGAUGAUGAUGAUGGUGAUGAAGACGACGACGAUGAUGAUGAUGUUGAUGAUAGCGACGAUAGCAUUGGUGAUAAUAAUGGUAUUCAGCCAUAAAUUUCAUCGUACAAAAUUUUUUUUUUUAAAUAAAUUUAAGUAUUUUAAGCUGUUGCCUCAGUAAAAUUUAAAUAAUAAAAUAAUAUGUAAAAUUGUA